UCACAGUCAUGUGGACCGUAUGCUUCUCUACCUAUAAGGGUAAUAAAAAAACCCCGAAGUCUCAGUAAAUAACCACCAUUUUACAAAUCACCAAUUUAUUUCAUCAUCAUCAUCGAUUCGUUUAACUACGAACCAAUUGCUUUUACAGUCUCUCUGAAAAUAAUUCCUGAAUACAAAAGUGCAAUGCUGUGGAAAAUUUUCGGAUUAAUCUUAUGCGGUGCGAGCGUGUAUUGCGUGCCGGUCAUACCUGAAGACGUACCGACCGCUUUCGCCGCCAUUUACGGCUUCUUCCCUCCCAUCCGUAAAGUCAGCGACCAUCGGUUCGGAUUCGGUUUUCGUUUCGGAAACCACGCUGAUCUCCAAGUUAUAUACGAAUUCGGCCCCCAGCUGAUCACGAAGCCGCUACGAGCCGUCUCCAGAAUCAGGUCUACAUCUCACCGAGAGAGAAUACGUCGACCGAUCUUAGACUUUCUGAUCAAGACCGGACUCAUUAAGAAGGCUUCGUAUAAAUUUAGUGUUUCAAGCGAUUGUGACGACGAACCCCGUUGAUAAAACGAAAU